AUGUUGCUUACACCUAAAAAUUCAAUAACAAUUAAUAAAUCAUAAUAUUUAGAGGUGAAGGGAGAAAUUACUCUGAUUAUACCUUUUUUCUUAAUUUAAAUUACUGUAUAACAAUGCAUGAAGGAUUUAAAAAAAGAAUCGUUAAUAUUAAAAGGAUAUCACAAGAAUGUGCUAUAAAAAUAGGCAGGAGCAGUGAUAUCAUCACGACUAGAUAAUUAUUUUUUCGAAGAAAACGAAGGCUCCUGUUUAAGAGAUAAUACAUACAAAAUGAUGCCAAAUCCAAAUGCAGUUCCCUCAACUAGAUGCCCUUAAGGCUAAACUAUUUCCUUAUCACUAAUGUAAAAAUAUUAUUUGAAUACAUUAAUAAUUUGGCUUUGGGAAUACGAUUUUGUUGCAAAUAGAAGCGAGAGGGUUUACGAUUUAAUUAUCUAUAUAGUAUUUGAUUAAGUAAAAAAACAAAUUUAUGAGAAUAAAAAUGCAAAACGAAUACUCAGAAUUUCAUUUCCUGAUUAGUUUGUUGAAGAAAUUAUUUUAUUAUGUGUAGGAGGCAAUACUUACAAUCCUUAUCUGCACAUCACAAAGGCUGAAGUAUAUUAUAAGUUUUAAUGA